UGGCCCUCGUUAGCCUAAGCUUACCCAUGGCAUUGGUCCUUGUGGCCUAAUAAUGGUUAUCCAUACAUGCCUACGACCAUGUCGCAGGGCAGUUUCUGAUUGGCCUUAACACCUGCACGACUGUUUUCAUUACAUAUGAGUAAUAAAAGGUUCAACGGAGGUCCGGACGGAUUCCUAUGAGCCGCAUGACCGACAGAUCGACAAAAUUCUGAGUCUGAGAUAUGGAGAAACUGAAAUCCUUGGUUCCAGACAGCCUAAAGCGGAUGGUGGCAGAGAGCACACCUGAUAGUCUCCCACGAACAUGUUCUUCUCUCCUUAACUUUUUCUCUGAUAUGGAGCUCUUUCACCAAAUGGUUAGAGAUUUGACGGAUCCAGAAAGGGCCUUCUGUGGUAAGAAUAAGGAUGCGGCUUUGGAACUGAAGCAGAAGGGUAAUCAGUGCUUCUUGAACGAAGAUUACGGUUCAGCUCUGACUUGCUAUUCUGAGGCACUACGACUAGCUCCCGUCGAUGUUGAUGAUAUGGACAAGAAUCUGGUUGCAGCUUUAUAUGUGAAUCGGGCUUCUGUGCUGCAUAAACUAGACCUUUUGAUGGAGGGCCGGCGAGACUGCAAUCGAGCCCUUCAGAUUUCUCCAAGCUAUGCAAAGGCAUGGUAUAGGAGAGGUAAGAUGAAUGCUUCUCUGGGAAACUUUGAAGAUGCAGUCCAUGACUUGAAUAUAGCUAAGAAUUUGGAGUUAUCAUUCGGUGGACAGAGACAAAUAGAAAGUGAACUCAGGAUAAUUACAGACAUGUUUGAGAGGACAGAAAGUUCACUCGUACAGCAUAAGGAGAAUGAGUUGGAUCUUUUAGAUGAGCCAGACCAAAUAAAACUGAAGUGUGUCAUCACACCAAAUAAAGGAAGAGGUAUGGUGGCACCAAGUGACAUCCCUCCAGCUUCCUUGGUUCAUGCUGAAGAACCUUAUGCCCUGUUGCAGAUAAUAUCGAAGCAUUGUCGAGAAACUCAUUGCCAUUACUGCUUGAAUGACCUACCACCAGAUAAGGUCUCAUGUACAUCAUGUUCUAUACCUCUGUACUGCUCGCAGAGGUGCCAAAUACGAGCAGGAGGACAAAUGCUUAGGAAUCAUCCAGUGAAACAUGGCAUUCAAGGAAAUAUAUCUCAUAAUCUUGACACAUAUAUUUCAGAGAUUACCCUGGGCAAUGAUUCUGAAUCAGAUGUUGACAUUCCUGAACAUAAGCAUGAAUGUCAAGGUGUACACUGGCCCACAGUAUUUCCUUCUGAGAUAGCUUUGGCUGGACGGGCGCUAAUAAAAUCUUUGGCAGAAAGAAGUCCAGUUGCUAAUUUCGUGGACAUGUUGAACCUUUCUCAAAAUUAUCCACAAAUUCAUCCAGAAAGCAAAUUGGAGUUACAUAUAUACUCCAUUAUAUUGCUAUAUUGCCUUCAACAUUCUUCACGCACUGAACUUUUACUAAAUGGGGCUUCUAUAGCACAGAUUGUCAUACUUAUAUCUCAAAUUAGGGUGAAUUCUAUGACAAUUUUUCGUAUGAAAUCAGCUGAUGUUAAUGGUCCACUGCAUCAGUUUGGAAAAUUUUCACACAGCGAGGUUUCUUUAACUAGUAAUGUGGAGCAGGUCAAAGUAGGUCAAGCUAUUUAUAGAGUUGGCAGUUUGUUCAACCAUUCUUGCCAACCAAACAUUGGUGCAUAUUUUGUGUCACGUUCCCUUUUUAUACGAACAACGGAGUUUGUGGCAGUAGGGUGUCCCCUGGAAUUGUCAUAUGGUCCACAGGCUGGCCAGUGGGACUGUAAAGAUCGUCUAAAGUUUCUAAAAGAUGAGUACUCAUUUAGAUGUGAGUGCAGAGCUUGUGCAGAAGUGAAUCUCUCUGACCUUGUUCUCAACGCUUUUCAUUGUGUCAGUCCAAAUUGUCCCGGCAUAGUGUUGGAUAGCUGUGUAGUCAACUGUGAAAAACAGAAAACUAGGCACGUUCAAAGUGCCACCGGAAUAAGCACCUUGGAGCCCUUUAUGCAGGUUGAUAUGUUGAAAUGCCUUCCAAGCAAUGGCUCCCUUCGUAUUGAUCCUGGAUUUUGUUUGAAGUGUGAUUCGUAUUGUGAUCUGGAAUCUUCAUUUGCUGCAGUUAAUAGAGCUUGGAUUUCCAUAACAAGGUUGAAGGAUACAAUGGUUUCAGGAGAAAUCUCAACCACUGUCCUUACGGCUGCACUAAAUUCUCUUUGUCUGCUAAGAUCAACUUUGCAUGCAUAUAACAAGCGCAUUUCUGAACUUAAAGAUGCUGCAACAAUAAGAUCUUGCUGUAAGGUAGAGGACAAUCUAGCUGAGGCAUUUUGUUUGGUUGGAGAAUUACAACUGGCCUUGGACCAUUGUAAAGCAUCAAUUGAGAUUUUGGAAAAGCUCUAUGGUCCGAAUCACAUUGUCAUUGGAUAUGAACUUGUGAAGCUUUCAUCUAUUCAGCUAUCCAUGGGGGAUCGUACUGCUGUCAAGAACAUAAAUCGAGUCAGUGAAAUUUUUUCUCGUUAUUAUGGAUCUCAUGCAGACAAGAUGUUCCCAUAUCUGCAACCCUUACAGGGGAAACUCACCAAGUUAGUUCAAUAAGGUCUAAUCCUAUCGCUGAUGUCGAGAGAAAUUCCAGAUGAAAAUAGAAUGGGCAUAAAAGAAUUUGAAGAUGACUAAUCACUAAUCACUAAUCAAGGUUGCCGCUUUGAACAUGAAGGGAUCGAUUAUAACUUUUGCCUGAUGAAUUGCAUUUGAUAUGUUGAGAUUUUAUCCGUUCCAGUUAAUUCUGUAAAGAGUUGGCUAUACUGUAGAAUAGGUGUAAUAGUUAUGUAACAGCCAGGCGCUGCUUGGACUUUUUUAGGUCUAAAGUUGUGUUUGCAUAUUCAUUUGCAGUUUCAAGUCUAUUUCUGUUAAUUUUUUUAAAAGUCUACUUGUGUCAUUGGAUACUUCGUGUAUCUUGAAUCCUCCCUCUCUCGUCUUCCACGAGAAUAUCAGCAUGUAUACCGCGUACGCCAAGAAUUUUCACUCAGUGCAAGGACUGUUAAGAACGCUCGGUGCAUUUGGAGUCCGAAAUAGUCACCUUAGAGAAGGGGAAACAAGCUUUCCAAUGGGAAAUGAGUACUACCAAUUGAGGAACACAUGCGGCCCAGGAUUAAUGCACUUGGGAGUCCGAAAUAGUCACCAUAGAGAAGGGGAAACAAGCUUUCCAAUGGCAAAUGAGUACUACCAAUUGGGGAACACAUGAUACGGUCCAUGCCAUCAUUGAGGAUCGUGCAUAGGGUGAAUGAACUCAUUAAAGACCCACUUGCAUGCCAAUGGAAGAACCUCAAACUCUCAAGUUAGCGAUGAUCUUUGUUUUUGUCAUUUUUCUCAUUCUUGUGUGAUUUUUAGUGCUUACUUUCCGUACCUCGGAUUCGGGGAGGGAGCUCCCCUUUUGGAGGAUCUUCUAUUUGAUGUUUAAUGAGGAUCCCAUGUCAAUAAGUGAUCACACCAAUUUUGGGGUCCUCGAGGGUUGACAGUAUUGAUUAGAAAUGAUUGAAACACUAUUUAGCGACUGUUGUGUCAGUAGUGCGGAGAUCAUAUUGUAGCCUUCAUUUUGGGGUUGUUUCUUGUGGCCCUCUCCAAGAUUAAGGAUAGAUGUUAGUUCAAGCCAAUCUCUUUAUCGUUU